GGCUCCUGCUUCUGCUGGGCUGCUGCCUCCGGUAUACCGGCCCUGCCGGACCGAGCCGAGCGGAACCGAGCGGAUCCGGGUCCACCCGGCCCGGCCAUGAGCGCGGUCGCAUGAUGCGUCGCCGCCCGCGCCGCUGCAGCCGCCGGCCGCGAGGAGCCGCCGCACUGGGCGACCCCGCCCGGGCCUCGGGCCACAUCACACAGGACAGCAUGCGCCUUACAGUACUGAAAAAAAGGCACAAGUGUUCCCAUGAUGCUUAGAAGCAAUUUGUAAGGGUGUGUCAGGGAAUCAUGCAGCCAUCAGGACACAGGCUCCGGGACAUCGAGCAUCAUCCUCUCCUGACCGACAAUGACAAUUAUGAUUCUGCGUCCUCCUCUUCCUCCGAGGCUGACAUGGCAGACAGGGUGUGGUUCAUCCGUGAUGGCUGUGGCAUGGUCUGUGCUGUUAUGACAUGGCUUCUCGUCGUCUAUGCAGACUUCGUGGUGACUUUCGUCAUGCUGCUGCCUUCCAAAGACUUCUGGUACUCUGUGGUGAAUGGCGUCAUCUUCAACUGCUUGGCGGUGCUCGCACUGUCGUCCCACCUAAGGACCAUGCUCACUGACCCGGGCGCUGUCCCCAAGGGCAAUGCCACGAAGGAGUACAUGGAGAGCUUGCAGCUGAAGCCUGGCGAGGUGAUCUACAAGUGCCCCAAGUGCUGCUGCAUCAAGCCGGAGCGUGCCCACCACUGCAGCAUCUGCAAGAGGUGCAUCCGGAAGAUGGACCACCACUGCCCGUGGGUGAACAACUGCGUGGGAGAAAAGAAUCAGAGAUUCUUCGUGCUCUUCACUAUGUACAUAGCUCUGUCUUCAGUCCACGCUCUGAUUCUCUGUGGGCUUCAGUUUAUCUCCUGCGUCCGAGGACAGUGGACAGAGUGCAGCGACUUCUCACCUCCCAUAACUGUAAUCCUGUUGGUCUUCCUGUGCCUUGAGGGCCUCUUGUUCUUCACGUUCACUGCAGUCAUGUUUGGCACCCAGAUCCACUCGAUAUGCAAUGACGAAACUGAGAUCGAGAGGCUGAAGAGCGAGAAGCCUACGUGGGAGCGAAGGCUGCGGUGGGAAGGGAUGAAGUCUGUCUUCGGGGGCCCCCCCUCCCUCCUCUGGAUGAACCCCUUUGUUGGCUUCCGAUUCAGGCGACUGCAAAUGAGGGCUAGGAAAGGGGGCCCCGAGUUCUCUGUAUGAGCCUUCAGGGCAGGAAUGUCUGCAGACAGUUGAUGCUCACCAGCCUGCAAGCACAGCAGCCUUGUGGGCAGAUGGAGCUGGCCAGCUGACGGGGCCAUGAGUAGCUUCAUGGACUUAGGGCCACAGGCACUUGUCAGUUUUUGUGUGUACUGCCAGGAGAAGCAUGCAGCCCCAGGAGGCCAUUCUGUCACCAUCCUGACACUUGGGAUGUCAUGUGGGCCAUGAGCAUCCAUCCCAUAGGCAGAGCUGCUUCUCCAUCAUGAAGAAAGCCAGCGCAGCAGCUGCUGGGAGUCCUGCUGGCCCAUACCCAGCACACUCCUUACCAGAAGGGUUUCCACAGAGACUUUGCGACUUGGAGGGCUCCGACACCUAGCACUGAACAGUGAAGAUGGCUUCCAGAACACUCCCUGCUGUCCAGGAAUAGGCAUCCUUUGACCCUUCCAGCAAGUCUGUAUGUGCUCAUCUGUGUGUGUCUGUGUGUGUGCGUGCGUGUGCGCAUGUGUCAGAAUCAGCAGUGUUGUUCAGGCAUGUGUGUGGUAGACAAGCUGUCUUUCAGACUCCAGUGUUUCAGGGAAGUGGGACGCACUGCUGGCCCUUGCUGGCCUUCUAUGAAUGUAUCAUACAGUGUCCAGAUCCAAAGAACAGGCAUGCCUGCGCUUGGGCCCGGCCUCCUGCUUUUAUUUCAUUGAAAGUUUAGUGUUUGAGGGUGUGGAGCUGAGGUUUUGUUGUUCCAGCCAAACUAACAGCAUGCAACAGUCCCUCAACAAGGAAGGUGGUGGGUGCUCUGUGCUGAGGCCCAACACUGUGGGGGAGGGGCCAUGGGGAUCUCAGCAUGAGAGAAGCAAGCCGCCUUGGCCCCCCUUUUGGGCAGGUGCUGCAGGGGGAGACAGCCUGGUGCCCGAGCGUUAGAGCAGUGACGUGAUGACUUUCUUUCUCUACCCAUGGCACUGCAGUCAGAGUGGACCCUUGGUGCGGGCUUAGAAUUACGUCAGUACACACACAGCUCCCCUCAGGGGACUUGCCUUAAACUUCUAGGUUGUUCCUUUGCUGCUGAGUGAGAGCGGUCUGACAGAGGCUGGGGUCUGCCUGUGAGUCCGCUCCCAUGCAGAGACACCAGUGUUUCCCUGUUGGGACCAGCUGCCUUUCUGUCCCUGUGACACCAUGACUGGUUUUGGUGUCAGUCGCUUUUGCCCUGCCCUCAUCUGGGCUCCUAUGCUACUGAGGUGAACCCCAGGGGCCUGCGAGCCUAGCCCUAAUGCAGUGAGCAAACUGUGGGGCCCGAGUCACUGCAGAGGGACAGCGUGGCCUCGGAUUGUCUCUGCAUUCAUUUGCACAUGUGUCUGGUCAUGCAGGCUCUGGUGGUGUCACCCUCCAGUGUGGAGUCUGUGGCGGUGAACCCAAGCUGAGUAUACUUGACUUUUCAAUUCCUCAGUGUGAUUUUAUAUGAAAUAAAGUAACCCGUCCACAGUUCUCACCCUCCUGCAGCCCUCUUCUUCCUGGGUGGCCGGCCUUGCUCUUCUCCAGAACCUACUGCUGUGUGCCUGGGACGGGAUGCGGGCAUCUGGGCACAUCUCCCAGAGUCACCUGUGCAGCUGUUGCCUGACUGGGGUUUUACUCUGAGACCCCUUGAUUUUCUCCUAAAUAGCCUUGGGAUUUUUUUUAAAAUGUAUUUUAAAGUACAAACUAAAUUUGAGCAUAGAAGCUGGUCCAUGUAACCUCAGCUCUUGGGAGGCUAGGGCAGGAGAAUUGACUCAGUUGUGCCUUUGAGGCCAGUCUGCUGACAGAGUCUAAUUGACCCAAACAUGUGAACACACACUAUUA